GUCUUUGGUUUGUGUAUCGGGCAGGUGAGCUAACAGCUGCAUCAAAUGUGUUUUGUUUUUGUUUUGCCUCUCGUUGUGCGGUUAUCACAAGGCGACACACGGGACAUUUUCACCUCUGUGAACAGCUCGGGCUAAUUUUCGCCGGCAGGUCAGAGGAGCUUCCGGUUAAUAUUCGGACCUGCGGUAGCGAGUUAGCUAGCUACAUUGCAAGAUCAGCACCUAAUGUAUGCGGAAUGCGCAACCAUUGCGGAUGUGGUGCAGAAGAAAAUGCGCAUCGAUGCGACACAGUAACGGAGCUCUAGACGCGCUCCCCUGUCUGGAUGGUGCAACUUAAAUCAAUCAACUCACCGAUGGAGCACUUCUGCUGGUCGAGUUGUGCACCUUGAACUUACUGCAUUCUUAUUUAUAUGUUCUUAUUAACAUAUAGGCCACAUAUCGUAGAAGAUGGCUUUAAACCACUGCAGCUCCUGUUAAAUGUCCCUCCUGGCUCCAUGCUCUGAUCUGACACACCAUGAAUGUUUCUCUAAGUGACUCAAUAAUGACCUAACAUCAUGUUGACAAUCUAAGUAGCCUCUCUUUAAUAACAUGGCAGUGUAUUUAAAAUGCAGAGGCACCCUGUAGUCUGAAUGCCAGUGUUAACCCUAAGCAGGCUCCUGAGUAUUUGAUAUAAUGUGCUUCCCAGUACGUUCACUCACACCAUGAACCUCUGUUAAUGGGGCAGAAACUGUCAGGAAUGGAAUUGACCCGCCAGUCAGUCCCUCUGUAAAACAGGCCUGACUCAUGACGGAGUACUACGAGGAGGGGGGGCUGCUGUAUGAGCAAUCACCUCCCAUGCACAUCAAAGUGGAGUCUCCGGAGGGACCCUUUGGAGGGGGAGUCUCGGAAGACGGCUUCCCCAGGGAGGAUGAGGACUCAGAGGGCAGCUGUGACCAAAACAGUGGAUUACCUGGGGGACUCCCCUUCAAUGUGGUAGUGGUGCAUCCCAACAUCAUGGCGCCAGGCAUGUCCUCAGAUGACCUCUUGUCCAUUGAACAAAAUAGAGCUAUGUCAGCAGCACUGGCAGCUGGUGGCGCAGGUAAAAGGAAGAGCCGUUUCAGUGGAGCGGAGCUGGAGGUGUUGGUGUCAGAGGUGACUCGGUGCGAAGGAGAGCUCUUUGGGCCUGCGGGAAGGCUUCGGCGCCGGGAGAGAGAGCGCAUCUGGGCAGGAAUCCUUGAGAGAGUCAAUGCUGUGUCCAGAGUCCCGCGUACCCUUCGAGAGGUGAAGAAGCGCUGGGACGACUUGAAGAGACGCAAUGGAGGCAGGCUGGCAGACGCCCGACACCGCAGCUGUUACCUGCCGUCCAGCAGAGGCGCCUCGAUGCUUGGACGGCAGUCCCAGUCGAGUCCCAGGCUCCAGCAAGCCAGGCAAAAGCAAAGCACCAGACCUAAAGCCAGCUUCCCUUGCUUCACUGACUCUGAUCCAGUUGGAGGAGAAGGAUCUGAGAGAGACUGUUUGGAGAAAGAUGAGGAUCAUCCUGAACGAGAGAGAGAGGUGGGAGAACCAGAGUGUGACGCACCAGAGAACAGCAUGGAGGACAAACUGGGGUUGGGACUCGGUCUGGGUAUAGGACCGCCGCCUCCAUCAGAACGAUGGCUGCCUCCCUCCCCGCUCUACAGCGCUCCUUUCCUCAAUGGCAGCCCCCAGCCUAGUCCUCAGCCAUCACUUGGAGCACAGCAGGGUCCCCUCGAGGCUCCACCACGCAGCUCAUGGCUUGAGGAUGAGCUCCGCGGGCUAGGGGAAGCAGCCAUUCAGCUUGGGGAUCGUGUAGAGAAGAGUCUGCGGGAGUUUGGGGAGGGUUUCAGACAUGACAUGAGAACACUUGUUGCUUCUCAGGAGGCACUAGCAGUCAGUCUGCAGCAAAACAAUGUUCUCUUGCAGAGGCUUUUAGGAGUGCUGGAGGCACAACAGCAACCACAGCAACAGCAGCAUCGUAUUCAACAGCCACACCAGUCACAAACUUCCCAACAGCACAUAACACCACAGCAGGCUCAGCAGCAGCAGCUACAGCAAAUAGAGCCACAGCAGCAGCAGCUGCAGCAACAACAACAACAACAACAACAACGAAUUGAACCACAACAAUCACAGCUACAACAUCAGCAGCAGCCACAUGUAUUACAGCAGCAAUCACAACAGCAUGAAACACAAAUGCAGCCCUCGCAGGGCACUCAGCGGUCAAAUAAUCAGUCAACUGUCGCGGUGAUAUCUGCACCAUCACCGCCUGACAUACACGGUGCUUUUCACCCUGAUCCGCCCACGGAAAUAAAUGGAACUGUGCAAAGGCCUCGGCGGGGCAGAGCCGUAGAUCACAGGCGUAGAAGGCGGCGCUGAGGGGAAGUUAUUUCUCAGAGACUUUAAGUACACAUCACAUAUUUAUUUGCUGUUAACAAAAUCUGACUUGAAAUUAAGCUCUUUUUCUAUUGACAGUGUUUCUGUAAAGAUUACGACAGGCUGAGAGUCUUGUGGAGUAGGACGGUCUUGCUGUCCACUCCAGUUUCAGUCUCAUGUUUUUUUCUUUGGAGAAGACUGACGUCAGUGGAUAAGAAACUCAAAACACAUGAGACAGUAGUGAUGGCCUUAACGAUAGCUUGCUUCCUCAGAAAUGCAUCAUCUUGUGCUAAUAGACCCAGACUUACUAAAAAAACAAAACAAAAAAACAGUUCUGUGGAGUGACAGCUUCACCCAAGAAACUUUUAAUUGCCCAGUCAACAACAUAGGUGCUGAUGUUUAAUAUGCAUGUCAUUGUACAUGCUUUGCAGCAGAUCUGUGAAGCUCACGACGCUCUUACUAGUUCAGUGCUGUCUGAAGGCUAUAGAUACACUAAUUACAUUGUCAUAAAGUAUUUGUAAUCUGCAGCUGUUACCAUAUAUUGUAGAGGUAUAUAUAGCUAUUGUAAUUACCUGCUAAUGUAUGCUUGUGCUUUGUUAACAGUUUCAUGGUACAUAUUUCCUGGCCUUCGUUGGACAAUAAAAUUAGAUUGUGUUCUGUUCAGUGCGUUAAAUCUUACAAAAAUACAAAUCUUUGAUGGUAGCUACACCACCUGACCAUGCUCUGCCAGAUGACUUAAAAAUGCGCAUUUUGCCAGUUGCAUCUCAAUAGGUGGCAGGCUUACAUCCAUGUUUCUGGUGGAUUUUCAGACGCAUACAUCAGUAUGUAGGGCUAUUGAUUAAACUAAUGCAUGCAGUAAGGUUGCUGUGUACGUAGAUCGCUGCAAGGAAACAGCAAAUGGCCAUCAUCUGCGUACAAUUUUGCACAACUUAUAUUUUGUAGAUAGCUAUUGUCCCGUUGAAAUGUAUCAUCUAAACUUUAAUAAAGUCAGACAUGGACUACAAAGCUA